CAAUGUUGAGAAAAAAAAAAUAGACGAAAAUAAAAGCCCAAAACCCUUGUGUGGGCCUUCAUCAGUUGUGUUAACUUUUCAUUCUCACUGAGAGUGCCGCAAACCCUAACUCUAGCUCGGUGUAGUUCCAGAUUCGCGUUGGUGUUUGAGUGUUUGAUCAAACAUGGCUACACAGGAGUACGAAGAUCAGCGGCAGCAACCCCAAGAACUAGGGUAUGACCCUAAUUUCGUACCAGACUCAGUGAAAUCGUUCGUGGUGCACCUGUACCGGCACAUUCGUGAGAAAAAUGUGUACGAGAUCCAUCAGAUGUAUGAGAGCUCGUUCCAAACCCUAUCGGAGCGUUUGUUCAAGGACACGCCGUGGCCGUCGGUGGACGCGGUGGCCCACUAUGUCGACAACGACCACGUUUUUUGUCUUCUGUAUCGCGAGAUGUGGUUCCGUCACCUCUACGCUCGCCUCACCCCUACCCUCCGCCAAAGAAUCGAUUCCUGGGAUAACUACUGUAGCCUCUUCCAGGUUGUCUUGCAUGGUGUCGUUAACAUGCAGCUCCCGAACCAGUGGCUCUGGGAUAUGGUCGAUGAGUUUGUUUACCAGUUUCAGAGUUUCUGUCAGUACCGAGCCAAGAUGAAGAACAAAACUGAACAAGAGAUUGCUCUCUUGAAGCAGUUUGAUCAGGCUUGGAAUGUUUAUGGUGUUCUCAACUUCUUGCAAGCUCUUGUUGAGAAGUCUGCUAUCAUUCAAAUUCUUGAGCAAGAGAAGGAAGGGCUUGAACAAUUUACUGCUACUGAUGGCUAUGAUUACAAUGGAGGGAGUAAUGUGUUGAAGGUUUUGGGGUAUUUCAGCAUGGUUGGCUUGCUUAGGGUUCAUUGUCUUUUGGGCGAUUAUCAUACUGGUCUCAAGUGCCUGCUUCCUAUUGAUAUUAGUCAACAAGGUGUUUACACCAGUGUUAUUGGAAGCCACAUUACCACCAUAUACCACUAUGGUUUUGCCAAUCUUAUGCUUCGAAGAUAUGUGGAAGCAAUUCGUGAAUUUAACAAGAUUCUCUUGUACAUCUACAAGACAAAGCAGUAUCAUCAGAAAUCGCCACAAUAUGAGCAGAUACUGAAGAAGAAUGAACAAAUGUAUGCCUUGCUGGCAAUUUGCCUUUCACUCUGCCCCCAAAGCAGGCUUGUUGAUGAAACUGUGAACUCUCAGUUGCGGGAAAAGUAUGGUGAAAAGAUGAUUAGAAUGCAAAGAUAUGAUGAUGAGGCAUUUGCUAUCUAUGAUGAGCUCUUCUCAUAUGCAUGUCCCAAGUUCAUUACCCCUUCAGCACCUAGUUUUGAGGAGCCCUUAGUAAAUUACAAUCAGGAUGCCUAUAGACUUCAAUUGAAACUAUUCCUUUAUGAAGCAAAGCAACAACAGUUGUUAACUGGUGUCCGGACUUUCUUGAAAGUGUAUUCAACAAUCUCCCUUGCAAAACUUGCAAGUUACAUAGAAGUGGAUGAACCAACCUUAAGGACUAUUUUGAUGACAUACAAGCAUAAGACACAUGCUGUUGAUAGUGAUGGAAAAGUUACAUCCAAUGCUGAUUUAGAUUUCUAUAUUGAUGAUGAUAUGAUUCAUGUUGUGGAAUCAAAGCCUACCAAACGGUAUGGGGAUUACUUUUUGCGUCAGAUUGUCAAGCUUGAAGGGGUGAUCAAUGAGAUGGACGCUAUUAAGCUGGAGUGAGUUGUUGAAGGCAGAGUUUUCCCGGGGAGUCUGUGUAUUGUUUUGAGGCGGAGGAUCUAGUUAGCUUUCUACAUGUAAUAUACUAAUUUUUUUUCUCAAAUUUUAUUUAAAGAAAUAACUUAGCCA